CGGAAGUGUGGCUGGCUGUGCGCUGUGACGGUGGCGGCGGUGGUUGUUCAGCGCCUUCCUUCAUGACUCCGACCUUCGCCGCCGUCUCCAUCCUCCUGCAGCUUUAACGCUCUUCAUGUGGUCUUCCGGGAAACGACAAACACUUUCUUAGCGAGAAAAGUUUGAAACCUGCUCGCCCACGGCUGUGCAUCAUGUGGAGGAAGGCCUCGGUUGCGGCCCUCCUGGCGCUGGCGGUCGGCUACCUCUACCACGGCGGCCCGGAGUUGCCCGAGCAGCUUCUCCAGUACAUCAGCCUGCCCGGCUUCCAAUCGUCCCAGCAGAGCCAGCGGCACGUGGAGCGGGUCAUUUCUGACGCCUGGGACUCGCUGAUCACGUUGCCUGUGCGGCAGUGGAGCCGAGUGGCCGUCGGUGUCAACGCCUGCGUGGACGUGGUGUUGUCGGGCGUGGGUCUGCUGCAAGCGCUGGCGGUGGACCCCGGCAGUGGCCUGGAUCAUGAAGUCCUGCACUCGAAAGAGGACCUGAAGGAAGCCUUCAUCCAUUAUAUGGAGCGCGGGGCGGCCGCUGAGCGUUUCUUCAGCGACAAGGUGGCGUUCCAGAGGAUUGCCAGAGCAGCUGCCGAAUAUCCCAAUGCCAAGCUGUAUGUAGGAGGGAAUGCCGCCCUCAUCGGGCAGAAACUUGCAACCUAUCCUGACCUCAUGGUUUUGUUAUGUGGACCAGUUGGACCCAAACUUCACGAGAUGCUGGAUGAGCAGAUCGUUGUUCCGCCAGGUUCGCUCCAGGAGACGGAUGAAUAUCAUCUUAUACUGGAGUACAAAGCAGGUGAGCAGUGGGGUUCAACUCGGGCGCCUCAAGCUAACCGCUUCAUCUUCUCGCACGACGUAUCCAACGGCGAGAUGAGCUCGCUGGAGACGUUUGUGACGAGCCUGGAAGAGUUCCAGCCGGAUUUGGUGGUCCUGUCCGGGCUCCACAUGAUGGAGGGUCAGGGCAGGCAGAUGUGGGAGGAACGUCUCAAAGAGGCAGUGGCAGCCAUAUCAGACAUUCGUAAAGACAUUCCCAUUCACCUGGAGCUGGCCAGCAUGACGGACAAAGACUACAUGAACAGCAUCAUGCAGGAGCAGUUCAUGCCCAUUGUCAGCUCCAUCGGGCUGAACGAGCAGGAACUGCUGUUCCUGUCGCAGGCCGGCGGCGGGCCACACGCUCACCUCAGCACCUGGAAGGGCGUCCCCGACGUGGGCCAGGUCAGCGACAUCCUCUUGUGGAUUCUGGAGCGCCACGGCCGCAGCGACCCCUCAUCAGAGGCCGACCUGACCCGCGUCCACUUCCACACCCUGGCCUACCACGUGCUGGCCACGGUGGACGGCUACUGGGGCAACCAGGCGUCGGCGGUGAUGGCGGGGGCUCGGGUGGCCAGCAGUCAGGCGUGCGGCGUGCAAGCGGUGGACGUCAGCAAGGUGGAGCUGAAGGCGCCGCUCCAUUUUCACAGUUCACACUCGGAGCCCCGGGAGUCGCUGUCACUCGACCCUGCGGCCCCGGUGGCGGUGUGGCGUCGGGGAAACGUCACCUUCCACCUGACGCCGGUGCUGGUCUGCAAGCUGCCGCUUCGGACAGUGGGACUCGGCGACGCCAUCUCAGCGGAGGGACUUGUUUACUCGGAGUUAACGAGCCAGCAGCACGUCUGAUGCUGCCUGCAGUCAGACCAUCCAGGUGAUGGGCUGAAGGUGAGCCUGCUUCUGCGUCUUCCUCUACGCUUUCAAAUCCUGCCUGUGGACACGUCCUGCCUCCCUCUGUUGUCUGCCGGGUCUUCCUGUGCUGACACGGACUGUGGGCGAUAGUGGGACUUCUUUGAAGUGGCUCAACAAUUUUAUCUGGGUAUGUGUGCCUUCACAGAGGUCAAUAUCUUCACCAAACUAAGGCUAACCUUGUCCACACGAACACACAUAUUGAAAAUAUUUUCCAUUAUUUCUCAUUACCACCAUCAAAUUUGAAGCAUUUAUCUCCAUUUAAAAAAAAAAAUUCUGAAAAACAAACUAGCAAAAAAAAAACAUUUCUAAAUGGGUGCAUCCACCAAAGUGAAACAAUGUACAGUGGAACUUUGAUUUACGAACUUAAUUGGUUUUUGACAGGGUUCGCUAGUAGAAAAAUUUGUAUAGUGAAGCAAAUUUCUCCAUAAGAAACCUUCUGAAUAUAAAUAAUGGGUUCCUUGAUAAAAGUCCAUAUUUUAGUUAAGGUUUGAACACAAUAUAAAGUGCCAUACGGUAUUUUAUAUCAAACAAACAUAACAAGGGGGUGAUGCAUUAACUCUUUAUUAACAAGCCAAACCAACAACAACAUGCUGCUGUCCUGUAUGCGCUGCUCUGCCAAUAAGUGCACGUACACAGAAGACCCUUUGAAGCCCUUACAAACGAUCAGAAAUCACAAAAAUCCUUAACUUUAUACAACAAUAUUGCUACAAUAAUCAGCAUUUCAAAAAGUAAAAUCCACUUACAUUAAAAGUAAACUGCCCUUUUAUUUAAUUUUGCCUACCGUUUACAAUAUUUGUGUAACGGAAGAACAAAUGUUUUUCUUUUUUUCAAUGCCAACAAACAUAAUGAAACAUAACUCGCCGUACAAUGUCUGCUGUCAUUAGGAUGUUGACUGCUAUGAUGUUCAUAUAUUCCCAUUUAGAUAAAGAAUGAGUCAUAAUCUUCGCGAAGAAAAAUGGGGUAAAACUAAGCGUCUUUUCGUGUUUUUCUAGCCAUUU